AUGGAAACGAACGAAGAAGAAGGUGGAAAAACAACAUCAUCAGAGGAUUAUAAUUCUUCAUCACUUAUAGAGUCCAAGUCUGGAAGUGCUCUAUAUGAUGAGGAUUUAUCACUCGACAAUGUGCGUACACUAGUGUACAUUACGAAAACAAAGAGUGUUAUUAAAACCAUCACAAAUAAUGAAAUUAAUAUUCAUAAACGAUCUAGAAAUGCAACUAGGGUGAAGAUUACCAAUCAAAGUCUGAUCGGAAGAUUAACACUAGAUGCCUAUGAUAUUGAUGCUAGAGGAAAGAAUAGUCUUCGAUACAAAGUCAUCAAGUAUCUAAUUAGAAAUCCAACCAAUGUAGAUAAUUUUAACAAACAAAUUGCAGAUAAUACACUCAAUCCACUUCAGAAAAAAUUGGUGUUCAGUAUCGUGUCUGACAGGUUGUUGCAAUUGUUGAGCGAUGAUGUUUUACGUAAAAUUGCCAAUUCUCAUGAAGUUGUUAGAGGAAGAAAUAACAAGGAUUUGACGAUCAAUUUAUUUAGAACUUUUUACUUUGGAAAUCCAAGAGAAUAUGUACAAAUCAAUUUUGAUACACAAACUAUUGGACAAGUGAGUGUUACUGUAAAUGGAGAGUCAGUGAAUGAUUAUACGAGAACAUUGACUAAGCUUUCAAUUCCACUUAGGCUUCCUACCCAAUCCCUAAAUCCAUAUUUUGAAAAAAAGCAAAUAGAAAUAUCUUUUUCUGGAGAACAGUACCAAACCACUGUAUAUUUAAUUUCUGCCGACAUGAACAAAAUUUUAAGUAAUCUUUUAAAGAUGGAAUUAGUUGGAAUUAAUGGAGUGAGAAGAGAUCACUCUGAGUCACUCCUUUCAUGCAAACCAGUGUGGAACAUUGAUGAGCAUGGUACCUUUAGGUAUUAUUAUGAAUACUUUUUAGAGUGGUCAGCUGCUUGGGAUGUUUGUGAAGAGAAUGAGAGUCUCUUUGAAUUUCUUCUACAGACCAAUGCUUUUUAUGUUCCUUUAGGUGCAAAAACAACAAAAACUACAACCUCUUCGGCUAGUAACAAAUCCUUAUCGGAAAGAACACCAAACACUGUACAACCACAACGUAAUAAUAAUACUACAAAAAGUGCAGUAGUAACAUCUCAACAACCAAAGGUGGCAAAAAAGACUGAAUCAAAAUCUUCUACUCCCUCCAAGCAACAACAAGAACAGGAGAAACAAGAAGUGGAGAUCAAUGAUACAUCAAGCACUCUAUCGGAAAAUAUUGACCUGAAUAAUGAUGAAUCUGAUGGUCUUGGUGAAGGAUUUUAUUCAAUAAAGGACAUGGAAAAUGACUUGAAAAAGGAACGUACUCAAUCUACAGUAGUCAAAAAACCAACAAAGAUAACACCCAAGUUAGUGGCAGACAAGUGUCUCACUGAGAUUCCAACUGAUGAGGACGAGUUGUACACUUCAUUAUUCGAGCUUAAAAAGUUAAAUUUGGAUCGUAGUAAUAUUCAUGUAAUUGAAAAUUUGGAUUUGUAUGGCCAUUUGACUCAUAUUUAUCUGCAAUGUAAUUUUAUUACAGAGUUAUCUGAUGAGUUUAGAUAUUUGCCACACCUUGUAUUUUUAGCAUUAUUUGAUAACAAGAUUAAACGUGUGGAAAAUGAAUUGGCAGAUAACCACAAACUUCAAUACCUUGACUUAUCCAAUAAUGUAAUUGAAUAUUGUGAUUUGGAAAACUUACCAAAGAGCCUUAUCAUAUUCAACAUUGACCAAAACCCUCUAGUAUUAGAAGAAGAUUCCGUUAAGGAGCAACUUCCAAACCUAGUGCAAUACAACAUGAGGGAAUACCUUAAUGAAGAGUUUGUAACGGAAGAAAAGCUUCCUUUUGACAGGUCAACCUUAACUAAAAUGAGAUCAUCUCAGUCAGGAAUGGAACUCCUUAACAAAUCUGCUACCUCUGAUGACUCGAAUGAUAGUGUAAAUGAGGUACAUAUUGAAAAUGAACUGCAAGUUCAAAAACAUACCAGACAAGAAUACUCCAAUGCAAACAAUGAAAUUGUUGAAAAUUACAAAAAGGCACUCAUGGAAGAAAUGGAAAGAAUUAAAACUGAAUUCUCGCUUAAAAAGGACAAGCUCUUGGGAGAAAUCAAAGAAAGAAGAGAAAAUAAAUAG